UGUCUCUCUGUCUUUCUCUCUCUCCCUUAUAAUCUCCUUCUAUCUUACGCGUCUUCAUUUCCACUCACACAGACACAAACACUACCCAUCUCUCUCUCUCUCUCUCUCUCUCUCUCUCUCUCUCUAAACAUUGCCAUAGUUUAGGACACGGUGGUUGUUGUCUUCUUAAGGAAUCAAACAACAACAACACCGAACAUUCAACUCCCUUUUCUUAUCUCUCCCAAAAAAACACAUUUUUUUUUUCGUUUCAAUUAUCAAUUACACAAAAAAAGGGUAAUUUAAUUUUGGAUCCGUUCGUUUAUGGGUUUUACAAUGCAAAGUUGGAUCUUUAUGUGAAUUAACGUUGUGGGUUUUUUAGAUUUGAUUGAGAUUAGUUAAGUACAAGAACAAGUUCGUGAUUUCGUAAGUUUGUGAGCUGUGUUGUGAGUGUCAGUGAUGCAUACCGGUGGUAGACUCAUUGCUGGUUCUCACAACAGGAACGAGUUUGUUCUCAUCAAUGCUGAAGAAAAUGGAAGGAUUAAGUCGGUUCGCGAACUGAGUGGACAGAUAUGUAUGAUCUGUGGAGAUGAGAUUGAGGUUACUGUGGACGGGGAGCCCUUUGUUGCUUGCAAUGAGUGUGCUUUCCCUGUUUGCCGGCCUUGCUACGAGUACGAGCGAAAAGAAGGGAAUCAGGCCUGCCCUCAGUGCAAGACUAGAUACAAACGCCUCAAAGGUAGUCCAAGGGUCGAAGGUGAUGAAGAAGAGGAUGGCGAUGACGAUCUAGACAAUGAGUUUGAUUAUGAUCUUGAUGAUAUGGGCCAGCAAGCACAUUCAGAUUCAUUGUUUUCCGGCCGCCUUAACACCGGUCGUGGUUCUAAUACCAAUAUAUCUGGUGCAAAUUCGGAACAUGGAUCACCUCCUCUCAAUCCUGAAAUCCCACUCCUGACUUAUGGGGAGGAGGAUCCUGAGAUAUCUUCUGAUAGACAUGCUCUAAUUGUUCCACCAUAUAUGAAUCAUGGAAACCGGGUUCAUCCCAUGCCUUAUACUGAUCCAUCGAUUCCAUUGCAACCAAGACCGAUGGUUCCGAAGAAAGACAUUGCGGUAUAUGGAUAUGGAAGUGUGGCUUGGAAAGACCGAAUGGAGGAAUGGAAGAAAAGGCAAAGUGACAAACUUCAGGUGGUGAAGCAUGAAGGUGAUAACAAUGAUGGAAGUGGAAGUUUCGGAGAUGACUUCGAUGACCCUGAUCUGCCCAUGAUGGACGAAGGAAGGCAGCCACUUUCUCGGAAACUACCUAUCCCUUCAAGCAAGAUAAAUCCAUACAGGAUUAUCAUAGUUCUUCGUCUUGUUAUUCUUGGGCUUUUUUUCCAUUAUAGAAUUCUCCAUCCAGUUAAUGAUGCAUAUGGCUUGUGGCUGACAUCAGUCAUAUGUGAAAUAUGGUUUGCUGUAUCUUGGAUAAUGGAUCAGUUUCCAAAAUGGUACCCAAUAACGCGAGAAACGUACCUUGACCGUCUUUCACUGAGGUAUGAGAAAGAAGGGAAACCCUCCCAGUUGGCAAGUGUUGAUGUCUUUGUCAGUACUGUUGAUCCUAUGAAAGAACCUCCACUGAUCACAGCAAACACUGUUCUAUCUAUCCUUGCUGUUGACUAUCCAGUUGAUAAAGUUGCAUGCUAUGUUUCGGAUGAUGGUGCUGCUAUGCUAACUUUUGAAGCACUUUCUGAGACAUCUGAAUUUGCUAGGAAGUGGGUUCCGUUUUGCAAGAAAUAUAAUAUUGAGCCCCGUGCCCCAGAAUGGUAUUUCGGUCAGAAGAUGGACUAUCUGAAAAAUAAAGUGCAUCCCGCGUUUGUUAGGGAAAGAAGAGCAAUGAAGAGAGAUUAUGAAGAAUUUAAGGUGAGGAUUAAUAGUUUGGUGGCAACGGCACAGAAGGUUCCCGAGGAUGGAUGGACUAUGCAGGAUGGGACUCCGUGGCCUGGAAAUGAUGUGAGGGAUCAUCCUGGCAUGAUUCAGGUCUUCCUUGGUCAUGAUGGUGUUCGUGAUGUUGAGGGAAAUGAGUUACCUCGCUUAGUUUAUGUUUCUAGAGAAAAAAGGCCUGGGUUUGAUCACCACAAAAAGGCUGGAGCCAUGAAUUCUCUGGUACGAGCGGCGGCAAUUAUCACAAACGCACCUUAUAUUCUGAAUGUUGACUGUGAUCAUUACAUCAAUAAUAGCAAGGCUCUUAGAGAGGCCAUGUGUUUUAUGAUGGACCCUCAACUUGGCAAGAAGAUCUGCUAUGUACAAUUUCCACAAAGAUUUGAUGGAAUUGAUAGACAUGACAGAUACUCCAACAGAAAUGUUGUAUUUUUUGAUAUAAACAUGAAAGGAUUGGAUGGAUUACAAGGUCCAAUUUAUGUUGGAACUGGAUGUGUUUUCAGAAGGUAUGCACUCUACGGAUAUGAUGCACCUGUCAAGAAGAAGCCGCCAAGCAAAACCUGCAACUGUUUGCCAAAAUGGUGCUGCUGGUGCUGUGGCUCUAGAAAGAAAAAGAAUCUCAAUAAUAAGAAAGAUAAAAAGAAGAAGGUGAAGCAUAGUGAAGCAUCAAAGCAAAUUCACGCACUUGAAAAUAUUGAGGCAGGGAAUGAAGGAGCCAUCGUCGAGAAAUCAUCCAAUUUGACUCAAUUGAAAAUGGAGAAGAGGUUUGGACAGUCUCCAGUGUUUGUUGCCUCUACACUUCUGGAUAAUGGUGGAAUUCCACCUGGAGUGAGUCCUGCAUCGCUGUUAAAAGAAGCCAUUCAAGUUAUCAGUUGUGGUUAUGAAGACAAAACCGAAUGGGGAAAAGAGGUUGGAUGGAUCUAUGGUUCUGUGACUGAGGAUAUCUUGACUGGUUUCAAAAUGCAUUGCCAUGGUUGGCGGUCUGUGUAUUGUAUCCCUAAGAGGCCUGCAUUCAAGGGUUCAGCACCCAUCAAUCUUUCAGAUCGUCUACACCAAGUUCUUCGUUGGGCUCUUGGUUCUGUUGAGAUCUUUUUCAGCAAACAUUGUCCAAUUUGGUACGGCUACGGUGGUGGGUUGAAGUUGUUGGAACGUUUUUCCUACAUAAAUUCAGUCGUGUAUCCUUGGACUUCCCUCCCAUUGAUUGUCUACUGUACUCUACCGGCCAUAUGUCUUCUGACCGGAAAAUUUAUUGUUCCUGAGAUAAGCAACUAUGCAAGUCUUGUGUUCAUGGCCCUCUUCAUAUCGAUCGCAGCAACUGGUAUCCUUGAGAUGCAAUGGGGUGGUGUUGGAAUCGAUGAUUGGUGGAGGAAUGAACAGUUUUGGGUGAUUGGAGGUGCUUCAUCACAUCUUUUUGCCCUUUUCCAAGGUUUGCUCAAGGUUUUAGCUGGUGUCGACACAAACUUCACUGUUACAUCAAAAGCAGCCGACGAUGGAGAAUUCUCGGAGCUCUAUGUAUUCAAAUGGACUUCACUAUUAAUCCCUCCAAUGACGCUAUUAAUCAUGAAUAUUGUGGGCGUGAUUGUUGGUGUCUCCGAUGCGAUCAAUAAUGGUUAUGACUCAUGGGGACCUCUGUUCGGUAGAUUAUUCUUUGCCCUUUGGGUCAUCAUACAUCUUUAUCCAUUCCUCAAGGGUUUGCUUGGGAAACAGGAUAGGAUGCCAACCAUUGUUUUGGUUUGGUCAAUCUUGCUAGCUUCCAUCUUGACUCUCUUGUGGGUUAGAGUUAACCCUUUUGUAUCAAGAGAUGGUCCUGUCUUAGAAAUUUGUGGAUUGAAUUGUGAGGAUACAUGAAGAAUAAAUGAAAACUGAAUGAAGGUGUUUUUGAAGAAGCAAUCAAUGCAUUGAAUACGACACGCUUCACAUCACAAUAAACGAAAAAAGUCUCACAAAUUUUUUGAUGGAAGUUGUAUUUUUCGGGUGUGUAGAUAAAGAGGAAGGAGAGAAAAUGGAAGGGAAAGAGGGGGGAGUUUGAUACAUUGUUACCUGUAAUAGGUUUUUUUUUUUUUUUUUUUUUUUUUUUUUUUUUUUUCUCAUUUUAUUCUUUGAUUAUAUUUUCUGUGGUUUUAUUAAGUGUUGCUAUUCUCUUUUUCUAGUUGCUUUCAUGUAUUCUUAUAUAAGAAAGAGGCAUUGAAUGAUACGAUAAGUUAUUCCCUCUUACAAAAUAGAGGGACCAGCAGUCUCAAGAAUUAGUUAUUUCAUAUUUUAAGGUAUGGUUUUUUGUUUAAACCUUGUGACAUGAGAUUUCUUCCUCAUUUGUAAUACCGUCAGCUAUGGAUAUUCUUGUUCUUCACAUGUUCUUGAUGUUUCUUUUUUCAAACUCCAUGGAACUUUCGGUUUGAAGAGUAUGCUUGUUGGCACUCGAAA